AUGGAGCAGAAGCAGCACGCGUCGAUCAAACAGCGACGGAAGGUUGAUAAGAAAGACGUUAAAAAAGACGAGCGAGAUACGAGCGCAUCCAGCGAGAAAGCAGCAAGGGAAACUCGAUCUUCCGCAAGCUCGUCGAACAACGGUCAGAUUGGAGGCGAUACCAGCGCGGACCGUGUAACCAAGACAGAGAACCAAGGUGUUACAGCUAGUCCUCUAACCAAACGAAAACUUACAACACUCGCCCACGCUCUACUUGUAGUCGCUCUUGCUCUCCUCCUGGGAAACUGGCAGCGGAUUUCACAGGGUAGUUUCCUCCUCGAAAGUCUACCUUUCAAGGCCUUCAACUUCGGUGAAGCCCCUCUCCCGCCGCUCCACCAUUCCGGCCCAGUAUGCCGCACCUGUGACCGCGCCUCAUGCUCCUUCGCCUACUUGCAAGGACUCACUAAUCUCCUGACCCUUGUGCCGCCUCUAAGCGGUGCUCACAGCAUGGCGGCCAAGUGGGCCAAGUUUCAAAUGCCCUCUCUCAGUGACGCUGACGACCUCCCAGAUGGCGUGGUGAUUCAAAUCGUGGCGUCGGACUGGUCCGUGGUGGCAGCACCUGAGGGCGACUGGAGUAAACCGUUGGGAUUGGAGAAGGCGGGAGGGAAGGAGGGCAGCAGGGUGGGAGACGUGUUCACCGUUGUUGUUGUCAAGACUGCUGAACCCAACAGGGAAGCCGCAUCUCGCUCCCUCUGGAACAUGUUUGGCUUUUCAGCUGCUUCCAACAAAACCCAAUCAGUCUGGGGGAGGAAGCAGGAGGGCGGCUCAGACGACGACGAGGAGGAAGGAGCAGAGGGAGCGGAGGGAGCGGAGGAAGCAGAGGUGGAGGAGAUGGAGGUGCAUGUGUCCCUGAGGGCUCCCAACGGCUGUGUGCUGUCGGCACAUGAUGACGGGUCGCUCCGGGCAGAUACGCCGACAGAUGCCGCCCUGCUGGACUGCCACGUGUUCCGCGUCACCAGGAACGUCCGCUCAGGGAAAUUCGCCUUUUAUUCUAUGAGCAAUGAGCGCUACCUACGGGCGCUGCAGCCAUCGCUCCUCUUCACAUCCAUGGUGCAGGGAGAAGCAGAGACCUUCUCCAUCCGCCGCCUGGACAUGCUGCCCAAGUUCCUCGGAGUCAACCUGGGCGGCUGGCUUGUGGCAGAAGCCUGGAUGUGCCCUCCUGCUCUCUUCGACGGGGUCUUUACUGACCUAUUGGACGGCACGUCCAUCCAGCUACAGUCCGUGGACAACAAGUGGGUGGCAGCGGAGGGAGGGGGCGGCGACCAGCUCAGGGCCAAUAGGGACGCUGCCAGCGCAUGGGAGACGUUUUUUCUUCGCCGGGCAGACCACGGCGCGUUUUUCAUCCGGGCGGGCAGCGGGCACUUUUGGAGCGUGGAUGCUGCAAGUGGCGAGGUGUUUGCCAACAAGGAGGACGAGGAGGAGGGCGAGAUGUUCUGGGUGCGGCACAAGCUAGGAGAGGAGGGUACGGUGCAGCUGAGAGCGGCCAAUGGCAACUGGGUGCAAGCUCUGGACGACGGCAGGCUUAUAGCGGAUAUCGAUGAGGAUGCCCCCAGAUGGGACACCACGUGCACAUUCACUCUCAGCAAGCUAGCAGACAUGGGGGGAGAGGCACAGCUGAUGCUGGCUCUUGGGCGGGAGGAGGCGGAGAGGAGGCUGCAGCAGCACCGGGAGGAGUGGGUGGGGGAAGGCGACUUUGAGUGGCUGGCGCGGCAAGGGGUGAACGCAGUGCGGAUACCCGUGGGGUGGUGGGUCGCUGUCGACCCCACACCGGAAGAGUUUGUUGACGGAGCACUUGAGCUGCUGGAUAAGGCACUGGACUGGGCGCACACAAACAGCAUCCGCGUUAUAGUGUGUCUGCACGCGGCCCCCGGGUCUCAAAACGGGUGGGAGCACAGUGCGAGUCGAGACGGCAUUCCCAUGUGGGGCAAGCCCGGCACGCCCUACAUGGAUGAGACGGUUGACGCCGUCCGCUUUCUCAUGCAACGGUAUGCCUCACACCCAGCCUUUGCAGGGCUAGAGCCAAUCAACGAGCCGAGGGCCGAUGCAGUCUCGUUUGACGACCUCGCACGCUACUAUGAGCGGUGCUAUGCGGUGCUGAGGGAACACUCGCCCUCCGCCUACUUUGUCAUUUCUGGGAGAAUUUUUGCCAACGAGAGGGAGUGGGACGACUUUAUGACGAGUGCGCAGUACACGAAUGUGAUCUACGAUGCGCACUGGUAUCAGGUGCACGACCACGCGGAGUUUGGAUCCCAGUCGGUGGACUUCAAUCUGCAGUACCCCUCGAAGCAGCGUGCUGCUGCGCUCAGCCUGCUGGAAAGAGGACAGCGGCUCGUGUUUGUGGCCGGGCAUGCAUGCUCAUGGGUGCACGACCAUGCGGAGUUUGGAUCCCAGUCGGUGGACUUCAAUCUGCAGUACCCCUCCAAGCAGCGCGGCGCUGCUCUCAACCUGCUGGAACGAGGGCAACUACUCGUGUUCGUGGAUUCCGAGGUGCUUCAACAGGAGAAACCGCAACAGCAACUGCAGCAGCAGAAACAGCAACAACAACAACAACAACAACAACAACAGCAACAGCAGCGGCAGCAGCAGCAGCAGCAGCAGCAGCAGCAGCAGCAGCAGCAGAAGGGGCUGGAGCAACGGCUUUCACAUGACCCGGCGAAAGUCACCAAGCCAGCCGUUUCAGCCGCUCAACGUCUCGCGGAGAACGCCAAUCGGCUCCACAAUCUUCUCCUGCAGCUCUCCACAGCUCAGACAUUCGACGAGAAAGACGCAAUCCUAAGCGCGGAUCCGCGGGUGCGCGCAGUCUUCCCCCAGCAGGGCUCCUCGCUUGGAAAAUUCGUCAAGCCUGCUGUUUCGAUGGCCAUAGAUUGUUGCACUGCGGAGGAAAUUUACCUGCUCAAGUGCCUGGUGGCGUCCGGGCAAGAGCAUUUGUUGGACACUCCGGUUGCCUGGGCUGAAGGGAUGGACUCUAUCUGGGAAAAGGCGCAUUGCCAGAGCAGCGCCAAGGCAGAGUCAGGAGGAGUUGGCGGAGGAGGAGGAGGAGUGAAGGAAGCCUUUUCUAUGCUCGCUUCCAUGAUCGACGGCUGGGACACGCACCCAGACGCCCCCCGGUCCGCGCUUCCCGCAUUCCUCGCCGGAUUCGACAACCCCGGCGUGUUUCCCGCUCCGCUUAUGGACCUCAUUGACUGGGAAGACCGCCGAUCGGCGCACUGCCCUUCAGCUGCUACUAGUGAAUGUGCGGCGAGCUCUGGAGGGAAAGGAGAUGGGCAGCCGUUUUCGUCUCGGUCGUCGACGCUGCUCGCGCAGCUGAAGGAAGGGCUGGAGUAUCCGAGCGUGUUCGGCGCUCCGCUGUUGGACCUGGUUGACUGGGAGCGGCAGUGGCAGUCAGAAGGUGGACCAAGCUCCCCUAGCAGCAGUAGCAGCAGUAGCAGCAGUAACAGCAGCAGCAGCAGCAGCUGCCGUGGUAGCGGCGGUGACAGUGACAGCAGCUGUGGGUUUGCGAGCGACGGUGGUAGCAGCAGCAGCGGGUGGGAGGAUAAUGGUGGCUCUUUGAGGGACCAUGAGCCACGCGCGCAGCUGCAGGCGCUUCUGGCGAUGCUGCGGCGAGUGGAGAAGUUCUACGACGGCAUUGGCGGCAUUCUUGGGUAUCAGUCGACGUGCCUGGACCUCAUUCAGCAGUCCGUUGCUGCAUCGCAGCAAGCAGCCGCUGCUGCAGCAGCAGCAGCAGCAGCAACAGCAACUCUAGCAACGUCCCUGGCAGCAGAGAUCAUGAUUGCCAAUGAAACAGAAAACGAAGGACGCGGUUUCGAAUCCCAGCGACGGAUUUUUAUGCCCCCUGGCCAAGACCUGGCAAGUGAUCCGAAGUUUGCCUCUCAGGCAGCGUUUUGGGGCCUUGAGGGGUUGCCUGCAAUGGCGGAAAUAUACCCCUUGGGAGGCGCGGGGGACAGGCUAGGACUGGUGGACGAGGCAACAGGGGAGAGCCUGCCUGUGGCAAUGCUGCCGUACUGUGGCCGCACGCUCCUGCAUGGGCUUCUGAGAGACCUGGAGGCGCGAGAGUAUCUGCAUUUUCGUGUGUUCGGCCAGCACCACGUGACGCCAGUGGCCAUCAUGACCAGUGCGGCCAAGAAGAAUCACCAGAGGGUGCUGGCUCUGCUGCAGCAGCACAACUGGUUCGGGCGGGGCGAGCACAACUUCCGCCUCUUCCAACAGCCGCUGGUCCCAACAGUAGCAGCGGAGGAUGGCAGGUGGCUGGCGAGCGGCCAUCUCUCGCCCGUGCUCAAGCCAGGCGGCCACGGGGUCAUCUGGAAGCUAGCAGCGGACGAGGGCGUGUUUGAGUGGCUGCGCUCCAAGGGUCGCAAGGCCGCAGUGAUCAGGCAAAUCAGCAACCCAUUGGCAGCAACAGACAUGACUCUCCUCGCGCUCUCUGGCGUUGGCCUGCACGGCAACAAGAAAUUCGGGUUUGCGUCUUGUGACAGGAAUGUGGGAACAGCGGAGGGUGUGAACGUGCUGGCAGAGCAGCAGCAGGCGGACGGGUCGUGGGCGUACGGGCUGACAUGCAUUGAGUAUACCGAGUUUGAGAAACUCGGCAUCAGCGACGCGCCUGUGGCUCCUGGCAGCAGCCGAUCAAAAUACCCUGCCAACACCAACGUUCUCUUUGCUGACCUGCACGCUGUUGAGAUGGCUGUGUUAGGCAAGACUGGUGAGGCUGGUGCAGGGGAGGAGCGGCACCGUCAGCAGCGGCAAGAGCAGCAGCAGCCGUGCUGUGGACCAGCUUUGAACAGCAGCAGCAGCAGCAGCAGCAAUGGAAGCAGCAGCGCGAAUUUCCCUGGGGACCGGUCAGGCGGUGGGAUCUGUGCGGGCUUGUGUGGCCCAGACAGCGCCGUUCAUACAGACACUGUGAAUAUCGGGUCGUUCAGUGGGGUUUACGCCAACAGGAGUGCAUUCUCUGGCAGCAGGAGUGGCAGCAACAGGAGGAGCUCAAGCCCCAACAGUAGCAGCAGCAGCAGCAGCAGCAGCAGCAGCAGCAGCAGCAGUCCACCAUCGCUACCUGGAAUGAUCAUGAACCUGAAGAAGUCGAUCUCGUUUGAAGACUGCUAUGGCCGCCCUCAAAGCAUCCGAGGAGGCCGAUUGGAGUGCACGAUGCAGAACAUCGCUGAUCUCCUCGUCACCUCCCUCCCAUACCGCCUACCUCUCGACAUGGAUACUGCCACCGCUGCUACUGCUGCUUCCUCAAUUUCUCCAACCCACAGUGGUGAAGCCACUGCUCAGGAGGGCAGGGAGGGGCGGGGUGGAGCACAGGUGCAGGGCGAACGGAGUGCAGCUGCAGUGGACAGUGGGACAGAGGGGAAUGCGGCAGAGCACAGCAAGCAUCAGCUACAAGCGGUGCUGGACACGUUUCUGGUGUUCAACGACCGCCGCAAAGUCACCUCCUCCGCCAAGCGCCGGCGCAAGCCCACAGACACGUCCCUGCAUCAGACUCCAGAUGGCUCCUUCCUUGACCUCAACCGCAACUCGCUGGAGCUCUUCUCGUCCUGUGGUGUUGCCAUGCCGCAUAUGCACAGCGAUCACAAGCGCUACGUGGACUCAUCUCCACCGUUCAUCUUCCUCUUUCACCCCGCCCUCGGCCCGCUCUGGAGCGUCAUUCGGCAAAAGGUACAGGGAGGCUCUGUGGCGCCACAGUCUGAAGUGAAGCUGGAGAUAGCUGAGCUUGCGUGGUCUGACGUACAUGUAUCUGGGAGCUUGUUGAUCGAGGCCGAUGCAGUCACAGGCUCUAGGGAUUCCCACUCCGGCACCACACAGCUAGGCCAAGGCUGCGGUCGGUGCCGGUUACACAACGUGACGGUUACCAACAGGGGAGUGGACUGGGAUAACGAGGCAAACGUUUACUGGCAGGACCGGGUGCAGAGGAAGGAGGCGUUGAGAGUGGUGCUGCGCGGUGAUGCAGAGUUCGAGGCGAGGGAUGUGGCGAUUGUGGGCGAUCAUGUGUUUGACGUACCAGAGGGGCACCGAAUGGUCGUGUUUGCAUCGGAAACAG